CGCGAGCGUGAAGAUGAAGGAAAGAGAACGAUUCCGAUGCUGAGGAAGUGAUUGGUGUGUGUGCGAGUGCUUCGCCAGCCUGCAGAUGUGCUGUCCAGAGGAUGUGCUGGCUGAUGACGACAUCAGUACGGAUGUUUUCGCUGCUUUGGUUAGUUUGUGUGUUACCUCGGUGCCCUGUCAGAGCAUCGUCUUUCAUCCCCGUCCCAGCCGUGACCGUCAGCGGCUCACCUCGGCGCAUCCGAUCAACCAUCACGCGACUCGGAGCGGCGAAAGGUUGGCCCAUCCCAUGGCUCUGCGCAUUUGCAGCUAAGCGAGCUGCCCGUACCUGCGGAUGGAGUUCUCCUUCGAAGCACAAAGCCGGCAAGGUGCGACCGUUCCUUGCAACAGGUGGGCUACCGUGGCGAAGGUGGAGCCGCUGCCGGCCACUCGGAGCCUCCUGUCCAGGCACCUGCUGCCGCACUGGAUGAGGGGGAGGUAGGGAGAUCUGACAACAGGCAAUCGAGUGCACUGGAUGUGACUGUCUGCAUGCCGCUGUCUUCCACGUGGUGUGUGUGCGCUGAUCGAUCAGGUGCUGGAUUGGACGCCCGAGUUCUACCCUGCACAGGAGAACAUAGAGCAAAUGAAGCUGCAAGUUAGGAUCAACAAACGACUUCCGCUGCCCAAAGUGACAGUGCCAGUUGAAAUGCGCCGGUUCUUCUUCGAUACCGCAUACUCGGCCGGAAUCAAGGGCAUCUUGACAAAGUGAGUGAGCCAAUACACACAUACCUAUGCACACACGAACACACUCCCCAGCCAACACCCCCGCAACACCGACCCGCCCACUGUUGUCUUUGUGUGUGUUUCAUCAAUAGGACCUUAAAAGUGAGCCGCCGGCCAAGGAACAUUACCUACGGUGGCUAUUACUUCUGGCUUCUGGUGCGUGGGAGGGUGGCACAUCCACAUCCAAACACACAGUCAUACGAGUCGGUCGGUCGGUCGGUCGGUCUGUCUGUGGUGUGUCGAUCAACCACCCACGUACCUAAAUGCAGAUGUAUGAGCUGGUCCGUCAGACCGAUUGGCGGGUGGUUGUGUCUGCCGUGGACGGGCCUAACGCCGACGACGGGCAUGAUUAUGGCGAUGGCGGCGAUGACUACGAUCCGGAGUGGGACGAGGACGAGGAGGAGGAGGUGGUGGUGGAGAAGGAGGACGUAUUCACCCUCAUCGUCAUCGAAAAGGAUGGCCUCAACCUCAAAAUCAAGAGCGAAGAGUCAGCCAGUGUGUCGAGUGUGUGUGCUUGACAGACAGACAGACAGACAGGGAUGGAGGGAGGCUGCGAUGUUUGUGCGUAUGCGUCCAUUGACGGUGUGUGUGUGUGUGUGUGUUUGUAUGUAUGUGUGUGUGUGUGUGUGUGGAUGUGUGUGCAGCGACGGGACGUUGUUUGCCGUGCUGAUGGGCGUCCAGCUGAGCAACAAGGCGUACGACGACUUGAUAUGGCUCAUGCGUGAUCGGGGCAUCACGCAGUGUGCAGCUGUCAUCGAGAAGAGGUGGUACUGCAAGUACUUGGACCACGACACCAACAAGCUGGUGGACACCAUGGAUGAGCCCAUCCAUCUGGUUGAUGAAAGCGGGAUGGGCGCGCAGAAGGCAAUUGACUACAUUCUAGAUCGCCUGCAGCACCCAGACAAGAAGGAAGAACCAGAGGGCUUUCAGGGGCCGACGUUGGGGGACAUAAUGGCGGACUUCGCGGCGGCUACGGGGGGUAGAGAGACGCCGAUAAGUGUGACUGGCUGACUGACUGACUGACUGACUGACUGAGAUACAUAUGCUGGCUAUCUAGUCACUCACAUGUAUAUAACUGGAUGGACGGAGUGAUCGUAUGUAUGAUGCCGUCCAGCCAGGCAGCUGUUUGGACGGCUCGAAUGAAUGAGGAAGAAACGACACAGACGCAAAGCGUUAGAGGCCAGCUUGUUUUUGUGCGUGGGCGAUCUGUGUGCAAUUAAAGUAUGAGAAGGAAGGAGGGAGGGGGCGAAAAGUUUGCCGGCGCGAUGCAUAGAUUAUGCGUGACAGACUUUCCUCAAAUCUCUGCGUCUCAUUCAAGUGGUCGUUUCUUUGAAAAAAUGUCAUACAGCAAAGGGCAAUAAGGCAUGGAAGUCUUCUACAUAUAUG